AUGCUUGUCACUGUUUUUUCAUGGAAUGUAAACAACAGAGAAGGUGUUGCAGAUGCUAUUCCCGAAAUUCUUGGGGAUCAGAAGUCUGACAUGAUACUUAUAUCCCUACAAGAACACUUCGACUCCCAGAGUACUGUGGCGAAGUCUAUUCAGAAGAUGUAUCCAUCCUACAGAAUGAUCUCGGUUGACAGGAUGUUUGGGCUGUUGUCAAUAGUAUUAUCUAAGGAGAGACACACAGUGGAGAGAAUAAAGAUGGGGUUUGGGAUUCUAGGUUUCAUUAACAAGGGAGUAUGUGUGACUAAAAUAUCGAAUGGGAUAAUGUUCAUAAGCUGUCAUCUAUCUGCGCAUCAGGAGAACAACAAAAAGAGAUUGAAAGAAAUUAGAAGAAUAUUUGAGUGUGUUUGUGACUCGGAGUCGGUGAGAAAUGUCAAAACUGUUAUUUUGGCUGGGGACAUGAACUUCAGGAUUGCAGGAGGUUCAAGAAGUCUCGACUACCUCAAGUCUGGAAAAGACGAUCAAUGCAACGAGUUUAAGAGAGCCUAUCCGAUGUUCCUAGAGGGAAUGAUAGAUUUCAAGCCAACUUACAAAUAUAUUGCAGGAACCGACGAACUGUGUAAAAAGAGACAUCCAUCGUGGUGUGAUAGAGUAUUUGUCUCGUCCUCAUAUGUAAAGUUUAAUACAUACGACUCUGCUUAUGAAGUGAAGAUAAGUGAUCACAAGCCUAUUCUCUGUGCACUGGAAGUGAGUGAUAAGAAGACAAGCCGUGCUGCCAUUCCAAUGAUCGGAUAUAGUGGGCACCAUGUCAUACGUGGGCUUACAAGAUUUUAUUGCAUUGUGCACGAGUAUCGCAAUGCAGUUUCUGCACUUCUCUUGAUAAUAAUGCUGUAUUUGAUGCUUUCCAGAUUUAAAACCAUUUCGAGGCUCAGAAAUCCAUUCCGGGUCUUUUAUCCGGAGGCAGAUUGUUGA